AUGUCGUCUUGGUGUUGCAUCCGAACUCGGUUUAGCCUGGAGUAGAGCAGAUCCACAAUGAAUCAGUCAAUCAUGUUGUUGUUGGAUCAUUGAAUAAAUGAAAGCAGGGCCGGGGCGCGGGCAUGUACUGUAGGCCACAUCUACCAGUAUCCAGUAACUCGCAUACAGGUCAUCAACAAGCUGAGGAUUUGGCUCAGACUAAAGGCUGUCGUCACUGAAGUAAAUAAAGUAAUCCUAAAAAACAAAAGGAGUCCCAGCUAUAUCUCAUUAUCUGGAUGAAAUUAUCCCCCCUUGCUGUUGCAAAACUUGUUUUGUGAAUUUGGAAGUAAUCUCUUUUUAUUAUUUUAGUUUUGCAUAUUCCAAUGGCCAGCAAUGGUUCAGCAGAUCUUGAAAAUGAACACCAGCGGAUAGAUAGUCUUGUGACUGAUCCCAAAUGGUUGCAGUGGGGUCCUUACGUAGGUGACCGCGAGUGGGGAACCGCAAGAGAAUCCUACAUUUGUGACUACUGGAAAUAUGUAACGUUCGAUAAUUCUCACAAGCUGGCAUAUAGAUGGGGUGAAGAUGCCUUGUUUGGUGUCUGUGAUGACCAGUGCUAUCUUUGCCUUGGACUCUGUCUCUGGAAUGGAAAAGAUACCUUGCUCAAAGAGAAACUAUUUGGACUCACCUCCCCAGAGGGUAACCAUGGUGAGGAUGUGAAGGAGCUCUACUACCAUCUCAUGUCCACGCCAACCCACUCCUAUAUGAAGGCCCUGUAUAAGUAUCCUCACAAUCAAUUCCCUUACGAGGGCCUCAGGGAGAGUAACGCUGAAAGAAAAGCCACUGACCCUGAGUAUGAAAUAUUCAAUACAGGUGUUUUUGAUGAAGAUAGAUACUGGGACGUAGAAGUGGAAUAUGCCAAAGAUGGACCCUCAAACAUUCUGUGUCAAUAUACCAUUACUAAUAGAGGCCCUGAAACGAUUGAUCUUCACGUGAUACCUUCUCUCUGGUUCAGGAACACUUGGCAGCUGCCAAAACAUUUUGCUGGUUAUGUUAUCAAACCCGAAAUGGAGCAGAAAGGAAACAACAAAGUGGAGUGCCAGCACAGACAUCUUGGCUGCUCAACUUUGCUUCUGGGUCAAGCCCCAGAUGGGUCUUCUCCAGAGAUCAUCUUCACCGAGAAUGAGACCAACUAUAAGGAUGUCUACGAUGAGGAGAAUAUAUCUACUUACACCAAGGAAGCCUUUCAUAGAUACAUCAUUGAAGGUGAAACUGAAGCUGUUUCCCCAGAAAAGAGUGGUACAAAAUGUGGCGCUGUGUAUAAAGUCCACACGGAACCUGGGGUACCCGUCGUGAUCAGAUGCCAACUUUCAACUGGAGCACCAUCAAACGGUUCACUGGUCGUCGAACAAUUCUCUGAUAUCUUGGAGAAGAGAAAGAAUGAAGCCACCGAGUACUAUAACCUGGUUGUUCCUGCCAGUAUUCCGGAGGAGUUAAGGAGUGUGAAUAUUCAGGCACUGGCAGGACUAUUGUGGAAUAAACAGUUCUAUUUCUACUGUGUGGAGGAUUGGCUGACAGGGCACGAGUACAUGACAUUUGAUGAUGUGAUGAAGCACCGCUGGAGGACCAACUGGGAUUGGGAACACGUGAAGUGUAUGGAUAUCAUAUCAAUGCCUGAUAAAUGGGAGUUUCCUUGGUUUGCAGCAUGGGAUCUUGCCUUCCAUGCUGUAGCCUUCUCCGUCAUCGACAUAGAGUUUGCCAAGUCUCAGCUUCUCUUGUUGCUGUCACACCGCUACAUGAAGGCAAAUGGACAGAUUCCGGCCUAUGAGAUGGCGCUGGCCGAUACAAACCCUCCCGUCCAUGUUUGGGCAUGUUGGAAAAUCUUCCAGGCGACAGUGCAAGCUGGAAAACCAGACCGUGACUUUCUUGAGAAAUGCUUUCAUAAGCUUCAGCUUAACUUUACAUGGUGGGUCAACGUCGUGAUGAUCGACAAGAGUAACUUGUAUGGAGGUGGCUUCCUGGGCCUUGACAACAUAGCACCGUUGAAUAGGUCACAUCCUCCAGCCAAGCUCCGGAAACUCUAUCAGGUGGAUGGCACUGCAUGGAUGGCUCUGUUUACUGUCUACCUCAUGAAGAUGUCCCUUGAGCUAGCCAAGGAUGCACCCCAUUAUGAAGACUAUGCACUCACAUACUUGAGGCACUUUGACGACAUCAAGGCGGCAAUAAACGGAUACACAGACAGAAUAGAGAGCCUUUGGGAUCCAGUUGACAGUUUCUACUAUGACAGAUAUGUGAUGGGCAAGAAGAGUGCUCAUAUCAAGCUCCGGUCCAUGGUUGGUCUGGUCCCACUGUUCUCUACAGCAAUAUUCCUCAAGGAAGACAUCGAGCAUUGCCCGACAUUCUGUCAUCGACUAGGUACGAUGCUCAACACCCAUUCUUGCCUUGAGGCCCAGGUUGCAGCCUUCACUCAUCAUGAUCAGAACGAUCCUGCAGCGGUGUGUGAGGCUCUCAAGGAGGCAUCCAUGAAUAUGCAGUCCUAUCAGUGCAAUGGCAAAACACUUCUGACCAUUCCAAGCAUAGAGCAGAUUAAGAAGAUUCUGUCCUACAUGCUCAACGAGGAGGAGCUGUUGUCGCCGCACGGAAUCAGAUCAUUGUCAAAACAUCAUAAAACCUGUCCGUUUAUGAUGAGGCUUGAGAAGAGGCGUAGGGUUAAAGUGAUGUAUGAAGCUGCUGAAUCGACGUCAGACUUCUACGGUGGAAAUAGCAACUGGAGAGGACCUGUAUGGCUCUGCAUGAACUACCUGAUAAUAGAGUCAUUAGAAACACUACAUGAUUUCCUCGGGGACAAAUUCACCAUUGAGUAUCCCACUGGCACUGGUCAGGUGAUGAACCUCCAACAGAUAGCCACUGAUCUGACGCAGAGGAACGUCAACUUGUUUCUACCAGAUUCAAGUGGAAAAAGACCUUGCCACGGUAACGCAGAGAAAUAUGCCACUGACCCUGUUUGGAGGGAUCUGGUCCUUUUCUAUGAGAAUUAUGAUGGAGACACUGGCCGUGGGUGUGGUGCUAGUCACAACACGGGAUGGAAUGCUCUAGUGUCCAACAUGAUCCUGAAGCUCACGAAGGAUUCUUGACAGGAGGAGAAAUCAGGGGCCUGUACCCAUAGCCAGGAUCUCCUGAAGACAUGUGACCUGGUCCUGUCAUACAGUGGACUUCAGGGAUGCUGCAUACAUUAGGCUCACAAUUGGCAUUAACUGCCCCCCCCGAUAACUGGGCUCUGUAUCUUGGAUUUGGAUUCUUUAAACUGUAUAAUGUACCAAUAGGUUGGUACAGGGACUUGUAUCCGACUCUACCAGGGAUGUUGUGUAGAUUAAGCCAAAGAUUGGUAUCAACUGCCAUGCAGCUUAGAGAUGGAGCUCUCGACUAAAGAUUGGCCAUGUACAGAGUCUUGUAUCUGACUAUAACCAGUGCCUCGGGAGAGUAGUUACUUAUUGGCUUGCAUAUCUACUUAUAUGUUAGGUGUCAGGUUUGACAAGACUUUUAGAAAAGAAAACUGAUAGAUUCGUCCUGUCAGAAUGUAUUGAAUGCAAAUGCUGUUGGUCUUUGGUGCUUUAUUAUAUCAGCAAAUGUGAAAUGGAUUCUUUGCUCAUUGCACACACAAAACAGACAAUUGUCAGUUAAAAUUACAAUAUGUACGAUUAUGUAUCACCUAUGCAAUCACACAUGUUGGGAGUUCAAAUGAUGUUGUACUUUCUCAAUAUCAGAGCCAUGUAGGCCCACAUUGCAUCAGCAGCCAUUUUAAAAACAUUGUGAUAGCCAGUAAAUACACUUUACCACCUCACACUGCACUCCAUCCAGAACACUUCCAUAAACUAAACUAUGAAUUGGACACAAAACAUGCACGCACACAUGUGCAUGGAUGCACUCACACAUACCACAUACCACAUACCACAUACCACAUACUGACACACCACACAAACAUGAUGCAGGCACACAUGCUCACAUGCAUACACAAGUAGACCCACACCCCACACAAACUAAGUCACAGAAACAUGUGCAAUGGUUAUUAUGCCUUUGAUCAAUAAUUGUUUCCAAAACACUAUUAAGAUAGUGUUACAGGUCACAUUUGUAUUUAGGACCCGUAGUGGUGCUGGUUGUUGCCAUCUUGAUAAGUUAAACCAGUUGCUUUCCCAGUUAACUCCAUGAUAUGUUAAUGUGUAUUAUUAUUUUGUCAUUUGCUUUGAUGUACAAGACUAUUGCUUCCACAACGUUGCGACAGGUCAUUAAUGUGAUCAAGACACAUUUAGAAUAACCAAUAAAAGUAGAAA